CAUUUCAUUCAUUGACAAUCUGAUUUAUUAAUGGUCAACAUAAGCGCGCACACACACACACACACACGGUGCUUCAUGCUGUCUGUCCUCAGGUGAAGAACGCCGGCAGGAAGCUCGGCCGGCGCUGUGACAUGUGCUCCAACUACGAGAAGCAGCUGCAGUCCAUCCAGGGCCAGGAGGCCGAGACCCGAGACCAGGUGAAGAAGCUGCAGGUGAUGCUGCGCCAGGCCAACGACCAGCUGGAGAGGACCAUGACGGAGAAGCAGAGCCUGGAGGAUUCGGUCAAAGUGGGAAACGAGGAAACGGCGGCGAAGGUGUCGUCCUUCAUGCAGCGCGUCCAGGAGUCCGAGCUGCUGCUCCUCAGCCUCCAACAGGCCUUCAGUGACGCCAGGAGGAGCACGCAGGAGCAGAUGGCGCUGCUGGUGGCCUCCAGGCUGCAGGUGGCAGACGAGCUCAGCCGGCUGCAGAGGGACAACGAGAGUCUGCAGGGGAAACGCCGGCUGCACCGGGAGCUGCAGGAGGAGGAGGAGUUCCAGAUGCCCGAGACGGAGCAGGAGCUGCAGGUCCUGGUGCUGCAGCUGCGUGACGACCUGGUGGCGCUGAGGACGGCGGCCGACCACCUGGAGGAGAAGCUGAAGGCGGAGCUCCUGUUCCUGAAGGAGCAGAACCAGGCGGAGCAGAGCCUGAAGGAGGCGCUGGAGGAGGCGCUGCAGCUGGAGAUCGAGGGCUGCAAGGAGGAGAUCGCCUCGCUGUCCAGCCUGAAGACGGAGCUGCAGAGAGUCAAGGCGGAGAAGGAGAAGAUGCAGAGGAGUCUAUCGGAGAAGACGGAGACGCUGGAGAGCCUCCAGGGCCUGAGGAUCGGCCUCGAGCGCCAGCUGCGAGAGCUCGCCACCGCCAAGAGCGCUCUACAGACUCAGGUGUUUGACGAGAAGGACAAAGCUCAGCGGCUGCAGACGGAGCUGGACGUCAGUGAGCAGGUCCAGAAGGACUUCGUCAAACUGUCUCAGACCCUUCAGGUGCAGCUGGAGCGUGUCCGCCAGGCGGACUCGUUGGAGCGGGUCGGCGUCAUCCUCAACGACACGGACCUGACGGACAUCAACCAGCUGCCCGACACAUGAGGCCCCGCCCCCUGCCCCCAGCACCACCACAGAAGAAGAGUUUGAAAGGACAGACCGAUGAGGAGACGCACAGUGGGUAGAAUAAUGAAGAAGAGGAAGAGGAACACUCCUCCGCAGGAGAAGAAGGUGAAGGUGUACAUAGCUGACGCUGAGGAGGCGUGUCUUCGUCUGUGAGCUCAACCAAAAACACUCUGAGGUUUGAGGUCUGCAGCUCCUCCCCGGGAGCAGGAGGAGGAGGAGGAGGUUCCUCCGCCAUCACGUCCUCCUUCUGGUUCUGUCCCUCUUGGUUCUGGUCCAGACCAGCUGUGGGAGGAGCUUCAUGGGGAACCUCCCCCUUCCUGAGAUGGACGUCUCUCUGUUCUGAACGUCUUCGUUUCUUUUAACACAGGAAGAAACAUUCAUACUAAGUUUUAUUUUUUAAGUCGCACAAUAACACAAACAAAACGAGGAGGAGAACCAACACGUGAGAGACGAGGUGCUGAGUCGGGUCUGAGAGGAGGCGCAGGCUGAGGGUCUGAGAUCGACUGACGGGAACCGCAGAGUCGAGACUGAGAGACGGAGGUUUAAAACACAAUGCUCCUCCUCUUUAUUGAUUUGGCUUUUAGAUCUGUAAAUGUGAAGAGGGGCUGGAGAUCCUCAUGGAGGUUCUCCUCCUGGCUCAGAGGGUUACCUAACCUCUGACUGACCCUAACCUCUGACUGACCCUAACCUCUGACUAACCCUAACCUCUGACUGACCCUAACCUCUGACUGACCCUAACCUCUGACUGACCCUAACCUCUGACUAACCCUAACCUCUGACUGACCCUAACCUCUGACUAACCCUAA